GGAAGCCUUGCGGGCACCGUUGCUGACGCGCCUGCGUGGACACCGUUGCUGUGGCGCCUGCGUGGGCGGGAAGUGCCGGCCGUAUGCAGUCUCCGUGGCCACUGCUGGGCGUUGGGCGUUUGGUUGUCGGUGGAGGCGUGGCUCAUGGCCCCGGUGUCCCAGUCCCGCUAUCCCGAGGACGCCGCCGGCUCUCGGAGGCGGCGACGCAGCUCUGUGGGGAGCCCGCCGUCCGCGCUGGCCAGACGCUUCCCUUGUGGAGGCCGCUCCCGCUCUCACUCCCGCGACCUCGAGGGCCUCAGGCCUUCGUGGGGGGUGUCGGGCGUUAGCUACCCGAGUCCGCUGGGCCGAUCUGAGUCGCGGGCACAGCCUUCGGGGCCCCGCAACUACGCGUUCUCGUCCUCUUCCGUCCACUCUGGCGGAUGCCGCUUCCAUCACCACUAUGCGGGCGACCUGCAGUGGGCCAAAGAGUAUGAGAAGGAGAAGGAGGAGAGCUAUCGUCAGAGGUGGCUGAAAGAGAGAGAGAGGAUUGGGGAGCUGGGAGCUCCUGAGGUGUGGGGGCUCUCUCCAAAGUUUCCUGAGCCGGAUUCUGAUGAACAUACCCCAGUGGAGGAUGAAGCGGUAAAGAGUCAGGAGACCAGCAGUUCAGAUUCCAGCUCCGAAGAAAACGGGAAUACCAGUCGUUCAAAAAGCAAGAAGAAAAGAAAAAAGUCUAAAACAAAACAUAGGAAACAUUCUGAUAAGAGUAAUUCAGACUCCGACAUUAAUUCUAGUUCUGAUGAUAAAAAGAGGGCCAAAAAAGCCAAGAAGAAGGAAAAGAAGAAGAAACACAGGGCAAAAAGAACCAAGAAAAAGAAGAAUAAGAACAAAGAAUCCAGUGACUCAAGCUUUAAAGAUUCAGAAGGGGAGUUGCCAGAAGAUACCUGGAUUGAGCAGUCAAAGAUUACAGAUACCAUGGAUCUAAUAGGCCCAGAAGCACCUGUAAUACAUGUCUCUCAAGAUGAGAAACCUUUGAACUAUGGCCAUGCUCUGCUCCCAGGUGAAGGUGCAGCAAUGGCUGAGUAUGUGAAAGCUGGAAAGCGAAUCCCACGAAGAGGUGAAAUUGGGCUGACAAGUGAAGAGAUUGCUUCAUUUGAAUGCUCAGGUUAUGUCAUGAGUGGUAGCAGGCAUCGUAGAAUGGAGGCUGUACGACUGCGUAAAGAGAACCAGAUCUACAGUGCUGAUGAGAAGAGAGCUCUUGCAUCCUUUAACCAAGAAGAAAGACGAAAGAGAGAGAAUAAGAUGCUAGCCAGUUUCCGAGAGAUGGUGUACAGAAAGACAAGAGGGAAAGAUGACAAGUAAGGACCUUGUGUUGUACAGUGGGACUUUAACAACAAUUUUAUGUAAUCAAAACAAUAUGAAAAGACUUAACGGUACUACUGUAUCUAUGAUGUUAGAAAGUCCUUCAAG